CCGAGACUGCGCAGCCCGGCAGCUGAACCUGUCUCACCGAUAACCUAAAUCACUUACUCUCACCGCUGGGAACCGGCAGUCACCUUCUGCGAGCCACAAUGGCCAAAACUGCCUCGUUUGUUCUCUUGCUGUUUGCUUACGCGACCGCCCUGCCCCAACCGCCCUCGCUCGGCGGCUUCCCACAGGAUGACCUCCAGCGCGAGAUGAGCACUGCCCUCAGGACGGGUGACACGGGACCAUUGCUGAAGGAGGUGAUUCGGCGCCUCGACCUCAGACACCUCCUGGCCAGCGAGAGGCUUCCUGACGCGCAUCGCAGCUCGCUGCUGUGUUCCACCUGCAGCGUGGGCGUCGCGCAGAUCAUCCAGGAGGUGGAGAACGGCGCCGCACCCGAGGCCAUCGCGGGCCAGCUGACGGACCUCUGCGUGGCCCUCGGCGUCGCGACGCUCAACGUGUGCCAGCACUUCUUCGCCCUCGCUGAG